UAAUUUACUUCUCCGAUGACGACAUCUGGCCAUCCUGCUACAGUACUAAAGCAGAUGACAUAUAUAGGGGACACACGCACAACGAGAUACAAGUACUCGCGAGCUUGUUGUGAUCGCUCUUCCCUCUGUAGAACAACAUCUAUCGAUCUUGUUCCAUCAGCUCAAAUCAAAUCCUCCAGGCUCGGAUCGAACAAUAUGGCGAACGCGGCGUCCGGGGUUGCGGUGAGCGACGAGUGCAAGGCCCGGUUCCAGGAGCUGCGCACGGCCCGCGCGCACCGCUUCGUGGUCUUCAAGGUCGACGACUCCCUGCAGCAGGUGGUGGUCGACAAGGUCGGCGCCCGCGACGCCGGCUUCGAGGACCUCACGGCCAGCCUCCCCGCCGACGACUGCCGCUACGCAGUCUACGACCACGACUUCACCGUCGGGGACGCCACCGCCGCAGGGGCCGCCGAGUCGCCACGCAGCAAGAUCUUCUUCAUCUCCUGGUCUCCCGCGACGGCGAACGUGAAGAGCAAGAUGGUGUACGCGAGCUCGAACGAGGGGUUCAAGACGGAGCUGGACGGCGUGCAGAUCGACCUGCAGGCGACGGAGCCCAGCGAGCUGACCCUCCAAGUCCUCAAGGACCACGUCAGCUCCUAAUCAAAUCCCGUGACGUACAUACACGUACGGUGUGCAAGAUGUGUGUGUGUACGGGGUGCUUGAUGUAUCGUGCCGUGUGAUCGUCUCUAUCGUGUUUGGACUGCCUUUCGAUGCGCAGGGUGUGUACUGUACUGCUGUAACGUUGUGACACGAAUAUUGGGUGGCUUACGAAUCAAAGUGUGAUCAAUAACGUAGGGGAGAUUCCCCAACGAACA